AUAGAAGAGAACAGAAUCAACUGUAGGUCUGUAGCCAAUCUCACUUUGGGCUAAGGAAGAGAGAGAGAGAGAGAGAGAGAGAAUGGCAAGAGAAGUGUCGGAGAGUUGCAUCGAUAGCCUGCUGACGGAGAUGGUGUCAUCGUACUGCAAUCGCUUCGACGCCAAUAAACCUGAGCUCGCUGGCCGUCGGAUCGAGGCCAUUGGCUAUCAGGUUGGCCACCAGCUCGCUGAACGGUAUACCAUGGAGCGGCCGCGGUUUAGUGAUCAUCUAGAGGCAAUAAAGUUCAUCUGUAAAGACUUCUGGUCUGAGGUCUUCAAGAAGCAAAUAGACAACUUGAAAACAAAUCAUAGAGGCACUUUCGUAUUGCAAGAUAAUAAGUUUCGAUGGCUCGCACGGAUGUCAGUUGAUCCAUCAAUUGAAAAUGUAGAUUUGUCGCAAGAUACUUCUGCACUGGCUGAAAACAAGGCUACCCAAGCAAUGGGCAUGCAUCUCUAUUUCCCUUGCGGAAUCAUACGGGGAGCUCUUUCAAACUUAGGAAUCCCUUGUGCAGUUUCUGCUGACAUAUCCAAUCUUCCAGCAUGUUCAUUUGUGGUACGUAUAAAGGCUUGACGAGUGUAUUGCAACAAAUAUGGGAUCAAAAUUAGGCCUUGAAGUAUGUGCAUCACCAAAUUAGAAUUUUUGUUUCCCCAAUUUCUGUUCCCCUGUUUCUUCUUGAUGAAAAUGAAGCUGGUUUGAACAAGUACUCAAUGUCCAUAAACCAUGUCCAAAGUCGUGACAAUGAAUUUGCUUAGACGGAGCAUAAUUUUAGUAGUUGGAAGAUAUUGUUAGUGACAUGAUUUUCCCUUUGUUAUUGAGGUUGCCUGUGUGAAAGGCCAUGCUGCCAUGGUUGUAUUUUGACGAGGCACUAGUUGCGUGAAACGGUUGGAUGCACGCAGAUAUGUAAUGCAUGAAAUGUGAUUAAAAUUCCAUACUAAAAUUUGUUCCAUCAUAUAUAUAUCAUUUGAGCAAUGGAGUCUGGA